GACAAAAAACAUAGGCUGUCAAAACUGACAGCUGACAGUGACAGCUUAUAUUUUGGUGAAAGCACGGACGUCAUCGGGUGUCUACAAAAAUAUUAAUUUACAAACAAAAUACCGGAAUUAUUUCUGCAACUACAGUGAGCAUGGCAAGUGUGAGCAGCUCAGCGGUCCUGGAGCUCAAGGACGAGGAGGACACGGACGCGGAGACGCUGGCCGACACACCCGGGGAGGUCACCUCUGCGCCGCUUAUUAUGGAGCAUGGAUAUGAUAUUGCUGUGAAGGUAGACGCCCCCAUGAAGCAACUUUCCACACUAGAAACCUUCGUGACGUACCGCGUGCGCUGCGUGUGCGCGCGCUGGCCCGCGCCGCCCGCCGUGCGCCGCCGGUACAACCACUUCAAGGAGCUCCACUCGCGCCUGGCAGCCUCCCACCUGUGGCUGGCGCCGCCCCCCCUCCCCCCGCUGCACUCGGCGCGCCAGCAGCUCGACAGAUACUCGCGCGGCUUCGUACAGACGCGCGCGCUCGCACUACACGCCUUCUUAGAUCGUGUAGCGAAACAUCCAAUCCUGACGCACAGCGAAGACUUCAGAAUAUUCCUCACAACGCCAGACGAAGAAAUCGACAAGGUGUUCAAGAGUGAGAACAGUGCCAUGAACCUGUGGGGUUUAAGCGCCGCGCUGUGGGACAGCGGCAGCAGCGACGCGAAACCUGUCAAUGGAGCCAGAGUAAAAGACCCCGAGUUCUCAGCGGCCUCUGACUACCUGCAGUCGUUACAACACAAGCUCACGGCGCUGUGUGCGUUGACUACCAAGCUGUAUAAGGGAUCCGCGGCGCUGGCCACCGAGUAUAAAGGAAUGACAAACGCGUGUUCAACGUGGGCCUCCUCUGAACGCUCCUCCGUAUCUCUGGCCCUGACCGGCGCGGCGCGGGGCGCGGGGGGCGCGGCGGCGGCGCGGGGGCGGCCCGCGGUCACCCACAGAGCUCUACUGCCGAUGCUGGCGGCGUAUGCGGCGGCGCAUGCGCAGAAGAUACGGCAGAGGGAUGCGGCUCAUGCGGCCUACGUGUCCGGUGCAAACUCCACAGACGAGAUGCAUAAUAAGUUAGAACAGGCAUCAGAAGCCCUGCGUUCGGAACUCAGUGACUGGAACCAAAAAACCCGAUCAGACAUCAAAUCAAUCCUUCUAGACUUAGCCGAAAAACAGGUCAUAAUGCACCAACAAACCCUAAUGGGCUGGGAGCAUGCAUUGAACCAAGCCACGGAAUCUAACGAAGGGUUAUUUAAAACAGUCUCAAAAACAGCCGUACAAAACUUGUCACCUACAAAAGCACACAUGCAAUUCGAAGAACCAUCUAUCGCCACAGAGAAAGACCUAGAAGACCUAGACAUCGAGAACGAUAGCAACGACGGCUCAGACUUCCAAGACCUAAAUUCUAGAGCCAAUGAAGAAAAUCUACCCACAGGUGUCGAAUCUGCAGUCCUAGAUUUGAGUGAAAGUUACAGUGAUGUGGAAAAUGCGAAACUAAAAACGGAUUCGUUGGAUGGGAAAAAGGAUGACAGUUUGACAGAUGAAGUGUCAAAGUUGGAGGACAUGUCAAAGUUGGAUUUGACAGGUGUCAGUGUGACGUCAGAUCCGCUGCAAGAGUUUGCUGACGUCGAUUUGACGGAUGCUUCGUGAUUGUGUGACACGUUGUUUGUUAAUAUACUGAAAGAACUGUAAAGACUUGUAAAAUAAUAUACAUAUAACUACAUAAUUAAUUUUUGGUAUCAAAUUUAGCCAACUCCACUCUAGGUUAGGGCUGAUUUUUCAAUGGUAUAAUUCUGAUGCUGUCGCGUUUGAAUGUUUGUAUUAAGCACACAGAGCUUGUAUGACCGUAACAAUGUAAAUUAUUCAAAAAUCAGUACUAAAUUAGAACGAAGUUAGCUGAUAUUGAUACGAAACUAUUCACAUAUUAUUAGGUAUCGAUUUUGAAGUCACAAAAUUUAAUUUUACCAAUGUCAUUUUGACAGUGGACAAUGAAAUGUAUUUCAACACUCGAAGUAUCGAACUUUUAACAAAUAUCAGCUUUUGACAGUGGUAAAUUUAUAUUUGGUACCUUCAUAAUCACUAUCGUUAUUAUUAUAGUUUACCAAAGUUAAAACCCCCAAUUGAAAUCAACUUUGUAAAUUUUUUAACCAUUAAGAUGCCGUAAUAAAGUGUUUCUAUGUAUUUCUAUGUACUGAAAUACAUAGAGAUAUUACAUAGAUAAAAAUUAUGUUACAAAAUGAUUGUAGGCAUUUAGGUGCCUUUUGUACAAACCAGAUAUUAUUUCAAAAGAUCUCAUAGUUUUUGUUAUUCGUUAACAGAGUAUUUACAAGGGUGAAUUUUGUAAGUGACCGACCCCAAGACAGAGGUCGAUGAGACACACUAA